AGAUGUUUAAAUGAAUGAUUUAAAGGUAAGAGUUGCAGCUACCCAUGAUGCAUGCUCUUCAGACUUUGAAUGGCUACACUGAUCUUUGUCAAAUAACCUCAUUUGCGGUCACUGGGGCCACCUUGGUGCAGGGCUGAUGGAGCGCGAACGAGUGGUGAUACAUUUCAGCAAUUUUUAAACGCGUCUAUUUUGCACUAUGAUAACUUCCUCAUAUGUUAGUUUUUCGCAAGGAAGAUUUCAGCUCCGAGUUUUGCUAUUGCUGUCGACUACCAUUUGGGUCGGUAUGAAAUUACAAAGGUCAACAGGGGAAAUGCGACUCGAAAGAUCUACAUUUUUUUAGAAAAGCAUGUAAUUGGAUUUUUUAAUUAAAAUAUUGGAAAGUUCAAACCAGACCUACAUGCAGAAGGAUUUUUUAAUAGAAGAAAAAUGUUGGUCGUACCCAACAACCGAUUUAUUAGUCUUAUCUUUUUACAGGAAGUAAUUUAUUCGUGUGUGUGGAUCGUGUGACUCGAAAGUAAGGGGAAUAUAGAUAUAAAUAUAUAAAAUAAACAUUUGAAAGGGGUGAAACACGUGGCGGAGAAGCGAAUGUCCUCCCAGAUCCAAAGCAGUGAAGUUCAUCCAAUUUUUAUCCAAGAGAUCUCAUCUUCAGGAUGUCAGUGAACAGUUCCAUUGCUACUGGUAAAUGUGUUGAUUCAAACGCGGUUGAUACUUACGACAGUGGCGAUGACUGGGAAAUUGGAGUGGGAAAUCUGAUCAUCGAUUUGGAGGCCGAUUUGGAGAAAGACAGGCAGAAAUUGGAAAUGAAUAAUUCGAGCAGCAAUAACAACACCAUUGCAACCAACACCACCAAGGACUGCGGGGGUUUGGCUCCAAGUGGUGCUAGUGCAGCGGCAGCCCUUUCCGAUAGCCUCAAAUUCACCUCCUCUUCCGUCCAGCCUCCCCAAGGAAAUUCCCACAAGGAGACUGGCAAAUCCAAAGUGAAAAGAAGCAAAACUUCCAAGGAUGCUAAUAAAUCUCUCUCCUCUGCCUCACUGUAUGGGAUUCCUGAAAUUAGCAGUGCUGGCAAGAGGCAGGAAGUUCAAGGGCGCCCUGGAGAGGUUUCUGGCAUGAAUUCAGCCCUAGGUCAAACAGUUAGCAGCAGCAACAACAGUGGUUGCAAUAAUAUUAAUAAUAACAAUAACUGCAACAACACAAUUGGCAAUUGCACUAAAAACAAAGAAGAGAAACCGGGCAAGGGCUCGGGCAGGGGAGGCUCUAAACGGGAUAAAGAGGGUGGCAGAUCUCGCAAGGAUAACACUAAACACGAUGUGGGGGUGCACUCGGUACCGGGCCAGCCCCCCAUGUCGGUAGCGGGUUCAGCCGCCGCGCACCUCUUUAAUUUCGGCCCCAAGGGCGGCAGCAGCUCCCUGCAGUGCGGCGGAGGCGCCGGAGAGCCCUCGCCCCGGGUACAGGACAUCAAAACUACUCUGGAGCCGGGGAGCCUCAGCAGCCCUAUCGUGGCCAAGAAAGAGGAUGCAGAAAAUGACGGAGACGCUGCCCGACCCAUCAAGAAACUGAAAACCGAAAAGGUUGAUCCUUUGUUCACUGUGCCUGCCCCUCCGCCCCCGAUCUCUGUGAGCAUGCCACCUCAGAUUCUGCCUUCCUACUUUCCUCCUUCAUCUAGCAUUGCUGCGCCAGUUGAACAGCUGUUAGUAAGGACUCGUUCAAUGGGAAUAAAUACUUGUGAGGUUGGAGUAGUGACUGAGCCAGAAUGCCUUGGACCAUGUGAACCAGGAACCAGUGUAAACCUGGAAGGGAUUGUGUGGCAUGAAACGGAGGAAGGUGUCCUGGUGGUAAAUGUGACCUGGCGAAACAAGACCUAUGUAGGCACUCUGUUGGACUGCACUAAACAUGACUGGGCUCCACCAAGAUUUUGUGAAUCGCCCACAAGCGACCUCGAAUUGCGAGCCAGUCGAGGCCGAGGGAAAAGGGCACGCUCUGUUGCUAAUGCUCCAAUAAACGAUGCCGGCUUUACAGAGUCCAGAGGCAUGCAAAACAAGAACAGGGGUGGCGGUGCCAAUGGGAAAGGGCGGCGGGGAAGUCUCAACUCGAAUGGUCGCAGGACACCCCCUAAUUGUACAGUGGAGGACGUGAAAACCAGCCCCUCACCCAUCAACAAAAGGAAAAACAAGCCUCCCAUGGAACUGGACCUAAACUCCAGCUCGGAAGACACCAAGUCAGGGAAGCGUGUCCGCACAAAUUCCAGAAGCACCCCAACCACGCCGCAAGGGAAGCCGGAGCCCAUGUUUGUAGAGCAGGGGUGCUCUUCGCCGGUACUAAUUGACUGUCCCCAUCCAAACUGCAGCAAGAAGUACAAGCACAUCAACGGCUUGCGUUACCACCAGGCCCAUGCGCACUUGGAUCCCGAAAAUAAACUGGAAUUUGAGCCUGACAUCGAAGACAAAAUGUCAGAUUGCGACGAGGCUCUGAAUACCGUGCCAGUUGGCAUUGAACCGGUUGAAACUGGAAAUGGCCCUUUGCUUCCUGGCGCGGGGUUGAGUUACGAGCAGGUAAAAGCACCACCGUCACCCGUUUCUGUCAGCACCCCGGGGACACCCAAGGGGCGUCGGGACAUUGCCAGCAGUGCUCAAAGCCCUGUGGUCAACACUAAAUCUGGGAAAAACACGAGCAAAAAGAAGGGUCUCAGCAGUGACUUGAGUAACCUGCCUGUGAUUUCUAAUAUGACAGCUGCUCUGGAAAGUUGCUCAGUCCCGGAUGCUGCCUCCGUUUCAGAAAUGCCAAAACUUGAGGUUGAAGGGGUGAUAGAUAAGAAAGGCUUAUCUGAGAAAGAAAAAGGCAAAAAGAACAGCAGUGGAAAGGUGGACAAAACAUUAUCGAAGCUGAAAGCAACUCGACCUAUUGCUCCUGCACCUCCCCCGCCACAACUGAUUGCUAUUCCCACUGCUACAUUCACAACCACCACGGCGGGAACAAUACCAGGGCUGCCCUCUCUUACUACAACAGUUGUCCAGGCAACACCAAAGAGCCCACCACUGAAACCUAUUCAACCAAAGCCUACAAUUAUGGGAGAGCCUAGCACGGUAAACCCAGCUCUGUCCUCGCUCAAGGAUAAAAAGAAGAAAGAGAAGCGAAAACUGAAAGACAAAGAGGGAAAAGAGACAGUCAGCCCAAAGAUGGACUCUAAGCUGGGGAAACCUGAGGAUUUAAAGGCUUCGGCAAAAGAGCUGGCUGCACAUUUUUUGAAAGAGCAUCUCAAUAAGAAUGAAGUGCUUGUGAACGGCUUGCCUGACUCACAGGAGAGCAGAAUGGCCAGCAUUAAAGCUGAGGCUGAUAAGGUUUAUACAUUCACUGACAAUGCUCCCAGCCCUUCUAUCGGCAGUGCCUGCAGGCUUGAAUGCAGUAGUCUGGUCAAUGGACAAUCCCCCAUGACGCCAUUACAUGUUUUAACACAAAAUGGUGGUGAUGGAACUGCAACUAAAACUAACAGUCCCGCUUACUCGGACAUUUCAGAUGCAGCUGAUGACGGAGGCUCUGACAGCAGAUCAGAGAGCAUCAGAUCAAAGACUAAUUCUCCUGCAGAUACAAUUUCCACCAAGGACACUGUUGUAAAAACUCACUCCUCAGCCGCUUCUCAGCCAGUGCAAAGCAAAGAGACCCAUUCCCCUUUUUACCACGGUUACGAGCCUUACUAUUCCCCGAAUUACAUGCACCCUGGUCAGGUCAAUAACACCACAACAGCGAACACUUCCUCAUCCCAGACCACCAAAGUUAAAAAAGAGACAGAGGAAGAGGCUGAGAAGAAGGACAAGGUGGAGGUUUUGGACGUUAAGAAAAGUGACACGAAUACUGUAAAUAUUCAGGCUCAGCACCAAUCUGUUAUUACGCAAAGACACCCAACACUUGCUCAGUCGCUGUAUUAUGGACAGUAUGCAUAUGGGCUGUGUUAUGUUGACCAGAAGUCAAUAAUGACAAAUCCGUCGUACAGGCAGCAGUAUGAGAAGUUUUACGAAGAGCAGCGGUUUGCAGAGCAGAAACUGCAGCAGAUAGGGAGGGACAACGAAAGGAAAGGGGAAGGCCAGCAGAAGGAGCUGGGAAAAGAGGAGCUAAAGCAGAAGAAUAUCCCAACUGCGACAAUCUCAAAGGCUCCUUCCACCCCAGAGCCAAACAAAAACAGCAUAAAGGGCAAGGACGCUUUCUUGCUGUCAGAUUCCUCAAAGCCCGGGAUCACAAACAAACCCGAUGAGGUUGUGAAAUCACAGAUGCAGCAGCAAUUGGCAACUGAUGGACUUAAAGCCAAGCAAAUGGAGAAUCACCAGCUCAUCAAGGAAGCAGUGGAAAUGAAGUCUGUCAUGGAUUCUAUGAAACAGACAGGAGUGGAUCCCACCUUGCGUUUCAAACAGGAGACAGACGCAAGGGGAUGGCAUCAUUAUGUUUACCAACCUAAAUAUAUAGAACAGCAAAAACCAGAUGACUUUGAGCGUGAGAAAAAACAAAAAGAAGACAGUCCAAUUAAGGCCUCCAACAAAGAGGGAAAUAUAUCGAACAUUCCCGGUUCAGUAACCAACAUAAAAGAGGAACCAAAAGAGGGCAAAAGGGCUGAAUCCCAGUCACUCUCGCUGGACGAACAUAAAAGUAAAAGUGAUGAUCGCAAGACUCCAGUCAUUGCAAAGGAUUCCAGAGGAACCCGUGUUGCUGUCUCGUCGCCAAUGAAUCAGCAUCAGUCAUACAUUCAGUAUCUGCACGCUUAUAAUCCUUAUUCACAGAUAUAUGACCCAGCCUAUCGAGCAGUGUCUCCAGUGCUAAUGCACAGUUACCCAGGGGCAUACCUGUCUCCAGGCUUUCACUACCCCGUCUAUGGGAAGAUGUCCAGCCGAGAGGAAACAGAGAAAUCAAGCACAAGUCCCAAUGUAAGCACUAAACCAGCGGCUGAGUCCAAGGCACUAGAUCUACUUCAGCAACAUGCCAGUCAGUACCGCAGCAAGUCUCCAGGGCCUGCUGAAAAGGCUCCGCCUGAACGUGAAAGGGAAGCUGAGCGAGAGCGAGAGAGAGAACGCCAUUCACCUUUUGCACAACGACACGUUCACACCCAUCACCACACCCAUGUUGGAAUGGGCUAUCCACUAAUACCAGGCCAAUAUGACCCAUAUCAAGGGCUGACAUCCGCUGCCAUUGUUGCCGGUCAGCAGGUGGCUGCGCAAGCUUCUGCAUCUGCCAUUUUCCCUGCACAGAGAAGGGAGUGAUGGCAUCUUGAGUGUAUAUUGAAUUAUACUCAUGUGACUGGAUCACGUGAAGAAGAGGUUUAUACAGACAUCAGUUCCAUGGUGUUGAAUUCAAAUGCCUUGAUGUCAGGCAAAACCAGUCAUUUCAUAUUUGUAAAUUGCAAAUUUUAUAACUGAGUUACAAAUGUUGCUGUAAUUAAACUUUUGUUGAGAUAUAUUCUUUACCUUUUGUUUUUUUUUGUAUUGGUAACCAGGCUCACAACGGCAGGGUCGGUUAUUGUUGGCAAUUGUCACAGUACGUUUCUGUUUCCUGAAAGUGUUAUCAAUAAAAGACACAAAUUGCUUGGUUUUAUAGAACAUACUGUUCUGGGUAGGUGUUCCCUUGAACUGUGUAUGACAUUUUGACAGAUUCUGUAGACCCGGAGAGGCUAACUGUAACAGUGACACUUUGGUACAAUGUUUAUGUGUACUUGAUGGCUCCUUGAAACACUAUUUAAAUGCAUCUGUGUGCUAACUGUUUUCACAUGUCCACUGCAUUGUUGUUAUUGUGAAGAUUAUACAAGCAGAGGGCUCUGAGGGUCAUUAGAUUGUGUAUAUAAUGUACAGGUUUGAAAUGGAAAAUAAUGAGCAUCUGUGAAUAAAAAAAUGUCUUUAUGAUAUUGAAUGGCUGAUUACCCCAUAGCCUACAUAACCCCAUCCACCCACCCAUACAAGAAGACAUCUGUGAUUGUUUAUUACUUGAACUAGUUUGGCAGUUUUAAAUGUUUACAAUUAUCCAGAUUUAGGAAGAACUUGCGCAGUUGCCUGGUUACUUAUUUUAUGCUGUAAUCUAGUUUAUUUUAUGUAAAGUGUAUAUUGAAUGCUUUCAUUUUUUUAUACUUGCCUUAAAUAAUUCGGCAAUCAGAAUAAAAACAAUG